GUGUUGCAGGUGACGUCAUGCCAGUUGUUUUGGUCCGCCCGACCAAUCGGACGCGCUGCUUGGAUUCUACAGGAGCCGAAAUGGGUCCAUCCUCGCCCCAACAGGACUUCCCCAUCCCUACCAUAACGCAUUGCGCUGGGUGCACUGGCCGUUCCUCCUGGUGCUUUAACAACUCUGACAUGGAAACCCCAUUGCAGUUCCAGCACGAUUUUUUUCAGGAGCAGCAGCAGCAUCAGCACUACCAGCAUCAGCACCGCAGCCUCAGUCAAGAAGAUCAGUUUCUCCAGCAGCAGGACGAUCAGUGCUUCACAUGCAACAACUGUCCCUAUGGUGCAGGGGAGAGCCUCGUUCUUCUGCGGACUUCGCCCCCCUUAAGUGGAGCCUUCAGGACCAAUUCGUCGCCCGUAUCGUCUUCUCGACCAGGCAGUCAACUAAACGUUAGCGAGUUCACGCCUUCUAGCCAUGCCAGUUCAUCCCGGCAACACCAUCACCACCACCACCACCACCACCACCAUCACCAGUACCAGCAGUGCCACAGUAGGCAACAGGGCAGCCCUGGCAGCAGCCGCAGGGAGAGUAACCCGUUCACCGAAAUAGCCAUGAGCAGCUGCAGGUACAACGGUGGUGUGAUGCGGCCGCUCAGCAACCUGAGCUCUUCCCGCAGGAACCUGCACGAGUUGGACUCGGAGUCACAGCCUUUACAACCCAUCUCCACUACCGCGGGCGCACCCGAGAUAGUAGUUUCCAAGCCGGAGCAGAACAACUCAACUACCCUGAUGCCUUACGGAUCAGGAGGAGGUAGCAGCGCUGCAAAUAAUAAAUCGAGCAAAAAGAAAAACCAGAACAUCGGCUAUAAGCUUGGACACAGGAGAGCCCUCUUUGAAAAACGAAAGCGACUGAGCGACUAUGCUUUGAUCUUUGGGAUGUUUGGGAUUGUUGUUAUGGUUAUAGAAACUGAACUCUCUUGGGGGGCUUAUCAGAAGGAGUCGCUGUAUUCAUUAGCUCUAAAAUGCCUUAUUAGCCUUUCUACGGUAAUUCUUCUUGGUCUGAUUAUUGUAUACCACGCAAGGGAAAUUCAGUUGUUUAUGGUGGACAAUGGUGCAGACGACUGGAGGAUAGCCAUGACGUACGAACGAAUUUUCUUCAUCUGCUUGGAGAUAUUAGUGUGUGCUAUUCAUCCAAUUCCUGGGAACUACACAUUCACAUGGACAGCACGCCUUGCCUUUUCCUACACCCCAUCCACGGCGUUGGCUGAUGUGGAUAUUAUACUGUCCAUACCAAUGUUUCUCAGAUUGUAUCUCAUUGCCAGAGUAAUGCUGCUGCACAGCAAACUUUUUACUGAUGCCUCAUCACGAAGCAUUGGAGCACUGAAUAAAAUAAACUUCAAUACCCGUUUUGUAAUGAAGACAUUAAUGACAAUAUGCCCAGGAACUGUGUUGCUGGUUUUCAGCAUCUCACUGUGGAUAAUAGCUGCAUGGACCGUGCGAGCUUGUGAAAGAUACCAUGACAACCAAGAUGUCACUAGCAACUUUCUUGGAGCAAUGUGGCUGAUUUCAAUAACAUUUCUGUCUAUUGGAUACGGGGACAUGGUACCAAAUACAUACUGUGGAAAAGGAGUUUGCCUUCUUACUGGAAUUAUGGGAGCCGGAUGCACUGCUCUGGUGGUUGCUGUGGUUGCCAGGAAGUUAGAAUUAACCAAAGCAGAAAAACAUGUACAUAAUUUUAUGAUGGACACGCAGCUGACAAAGAGAGUGAAAAAUGCAGCUGCCAAUGUACUCAGGGAAACAUGGCUGAUAUAUAAAAACACAAAGUUGGUUAAAAAGAUCGACCAUGCCAGAGUGAGGAAGCACCAGCGUAAAUUCCUACAAGCCAUUCACCAAGCUCGGAAAUUAAGAAGUGUAAAAAUGGAGCAACGAAAGCUGAAUGAUCAGGCAAACACUUUAGUGGAUCUCGCUAAGACUCAAAAUAUAAUGUAUGACAUGAUUUCGGACUUGAACGAAAGAAGCGAAGAUUUUGAGAAGAGGAUUGUCACUCUAGAAACCAAACUUGAGACCUUAAUUGGGAGCAUCCAGGCUCUGCCUGGACUUAUAAGCCAGACAAUUAGCCAGCAACACAGAGAGUUCUUAGAAAUUCAAAUGCUGCCCUAUGACAAGCAAGUUGCCUACAGUGCUGAGAGAUCACGGUCCUUGUCCAGAAGGAGGUCCUCUUCAACAGCACCGCCAACGUCAUCGGAGAGUAGCUAGAGUUGACUGAAACCCACAAGAUAAAAGACUUUUUGCCAUCAUAUGGUCAAUAUUUUAGCUUUUAUUGUAAAGCCCUAUGGUUUUAAAUCAGUGUUAUCCAGGUUCUGAUAUCCAGAAUCCAGGAAACCUGAACAAAAAAAAAAGAUUUAGGCCAAAAUGAGUGAGAAAUCUUUCUCUCUUUUUUUUUCCUGUAAGAUGCACAGUGAAUGCACCUAUCAUUGCUAUAUAGAUUGUUUCUUCUGUACUUUCACUAACUUUUUAUUCAUGCACUUCAAUG